GGGAGACAGUACAGAAGGGUUCAAAAGUAAAAACAUAUAUAUAUAUAUAUACAUAUGUUCAUGCAUUCCUUGUUCUGUGGACUAAAAUGAUACAAACAUAUUAGAGUUAUAAGAGAUUUUUGUCUUGUCGUGUCAUCAUUGGCUACAUUAUAGAUGGUAUAGGUCUAUAUAUUGAAAGGAACUUGUCCAACACUGUCUGAGCUGAUAAAAGAAAAAAAUUAUGUUUAGUAAAAAGGUUGACGCCCCCUGGUGGUCAGGCCUGCCAGGUUAAAAGGCGUGGCUAAUCAUAUUUGUGACAGUUUUACCUGAGCGCAACCAGAUUAAAGGACGCUGCUGGCGGCGUCUACUUUAAUCUACAGGAAAGAAAACAAGAUGGUGGCACAAACAAGACAGCCGAGACAAGCCGUGUCCCUCCAGGCUGGACCUGGUGAGGUGGAUACUGGCACCCUGUUUGACAUGAACCUCAGGGUCAACAACGGGGCUGCACGUGCCAUCGGUCGUCAGUUGGCUGCAAUCGGAGACACGUUGGACCGGGAGUGGGCAAGCAGAGAUCCGAACUGGCCACCGAGUCCUCUCCACAUGCUGAGGCCGGCUCAGGCACUGACCAGGACCAUCUAUCGGGAUAUCCACAGUCAGUUAUGGGGCUUCAAGGGCCUGUCUGCAGCAGUGAAGGCCUGGAUAUCGAGCACUGCGCCUGGGCAGGGGAUCCUCAGAGCUGACGCCUGGACAGCCUGGGUGUCCAGUUUUAAAACAGUAACCUGCACUGGCUGGACCAGCGGAGCGCUGGUGACUGUAGCACUGGUGGCUGCAGUGACCAUUUUCGGUGCACUGUGGGUGGAAGGGAGAGCCUGAGGGGCCAGGAGCGGGUCUUUUUUUUGGCCAUCAUAUAUUUGACAAAAAAAAAAAAGUUU